CAGAUAUCGGGACUGUUGUCCAUUUUAGAUGUGUAUAAAUAUGUAGAGUAGCCAGCUAAACAAGUGUAAAGAGCAGUUUCACUCUCAUCUGCAACUUCGGCAACCUACCUCAUCGUCUCGUCACUUCUAUUCAUCUCCGAACACAAACUGACGAUUUAUAACAAGCAAAAACCAUGAACAAGGACCCGAGAACAGCUAGCGAGCUCGCCGCUACGUACGAGUCCCAGAUCAAAGGCAAGAUCGUUCUCACUACUGGAGUGUCGCCCGGUGGAAUAGGGGCUGCCUUCGUCCUCGGUAUCGCGCAGUCACAGCCAGCGCUACUCAUCCUGGCUGGUCGCAACCUCGCCAAGAUACAGCAGACUGCUGACGCCAUCUCCGCGACCGGCGUCAAGGUUCGCAUUCUAGAGCUCGACCUGGUCUCACUGGCCUCGGUUCGUGCUUCGGCCGAGAAAGUCAACGCCUGGGACGACGUGCCUCAGAUUGAUGUAUUGGUUAACAACGCCAGUGUCAUGGCCGUCGACUGGGCCCGCUCUCCUGAAGGAUACGAUAGCCAGCUCGCGAUCAAUUACUUGGGUCCCUUCUUGUUCACCAACCUCAUCAUGGGCAAGAUGCUGAAGUCGCCAGCACCUCGCGUAAUCAUCGUGACUAGCGACGCUCACCGACUUAGCCCUUUCCGCUUCGAUGAUUACAACUUCCGCGACGGCGAGUACUACCAUAAGUGGCUGAGCUACGGCCAAUCGAAGACCGCUAAUAUGCUCAUGGCCAUCUCCCUCGCCGAAAAACUCGGCCAGAGGCACAAGCUCUCGGCGUUCAGUGUCCAUCCAGGACUUGUCCAGUCUAAUCUAUCGUCGCACUUGAAAUUAUUCGGCGAAGACGAUUCUGAUAUGAUACCUAUGCGCGAUAUCGAUCGCGUCAUGGGCAAUGGCAUUGGAUGGGCCGGCUUUGGUGCUGUCCUACCCUGCACCCCGGAGGUAGGUGCAAAUGUUUACGUGUAUGGAGCCUUCGAUCCAGAAGUCGCAGCGCAUAAUGGCUGUUAUCUCUUAAGUUGCCGCGUGGCGGAUCCCUGGAAGGAUACUGUUCGGCCUUGGGCAACUAGUUCCGUCGAGGCAGAAAGGCUAUGGAAGCUUAGUGAAAAACUUGUUGGUCAGGAGUUUGUGUAUUGACGUAUUUGCAUGCGAGAUUUUCUAUUGAAAGGAGGGCGGUUCAGUUCGCCAUCAGGGUGUAGCAAUAGUCAUGAUAUUCCGUUGACCGUACCUAACUGGUGUGCAAACUCCCCAUGUAUCUUGCUUUGCUUUUAAUUUUCAUGACUGAUAACCCUAUACUAGCAGCUAAAGGUACCUAGGUACUGGGUUGGAAUAUUGAAAGUUCAAGGAGGUAUGAAGUUCUGCGCAGAACCGUGUUGUGUGUAAGCAGUAUUAGUUAAUUAAAGGCUCGC